AUGCGGACGCGCGCCUGCACGGAGCGGCGGCCGCUGUGCGUGCUCGCGACCGUGCGCUGGUGCUGCUGGUGGUGCGGCUGGGCAGCGCUCCUGGCGAGCGGCCGCGCGGACGACGCGUGCCCGCAGACUUGCGCGUGCGCACGGGACUCCGGCACGGUGAGCUGCCUCGGCGACAGCGGGUCGGGGCUGCCGUCGCACGUGCCGGUUUGGACGUCCACGCUGAUCCUCCGCGGCAGGAACGUGACGACGCUGCGAGGCGGCGCGUUCGCGACCACGGCGGAAGACGGCGGGGAGUUGCCCGCAGCUUCCGCCCUCUCGCUGUCCGGUAACUCCAUCCGCGCGAUCGAGGCGGACGCCUUCGCAGGACUCCCGCACCUGCACCUGCUCGACCUGAGCCACAACCGCGUUGAGCGGAUAUCCGACGGCGCUUUCAGAGGCCUGCGGGAGCUCCGCACUCUGUGCCUCAACGAGACGCUGGCGCCCGAGUCUGCAGCGCAGCUCUCGGCCGCCCUAGCCGCCGGUGACCUGCGUAGCCUACACCGGCUGGAGCUGACGGGGAAUCGCCUUCGCAGCGUCCCGCUGGCCCGGCUGGACGCCUUCCAGCAGCUACACCAGCUGGUUCUGGUCAACAACUCCAUCCGGAGCCUGGGCCGGGAUAACGUCAGCGGCUUGGAGCGGCAGAGGCGAACCCGCGUCUACCUGGCGAACAACCCCUUUCGCUGCACGUGCGAGCUGGAAGCCUUCUACUGGUGGCUGAAGAACGGCUCGCAGUGCGCCGACGUGGCGCUGCUCCGCUGUGCGGAGCCAGAGGCGCGGCGCGGGCUAGCGCUGGAGCGCCUGCGCGCCGAGGACGUGGACUGCCUGAACGAGAACCUGGAGGCCGUCUCCUACGUCUUCCUGGGCAUCGUGCUAGCUCUCAUCGGACUGGUCUUCCUCAUGGUGCUCUACCUCAACCGCGGCGGCAUCAAGCGCUGGCUUAACAACAUUCGCGAAGCCUGCCGGGACCAGAUGGAGGUCUACCACUACCGCUACGAGCAGGACUCGGACCCGAGGCUCGCCAACGUGGCCGUCUGA